AUGAAUCCCAACAGUGGCUUCAAUAACCUUCCUCAAUACUUGGCAAACUUGGCUAGACACAUUACAACCAGCUCAUAUGCUACUGUGACUGCAUUGGCUGCAUCUUCCUUGGAUGAGGAUACACUCAUGUGCGACACUUUUGGAUUCCAAAAGAUCAUCGUGGCAGCUACACCAUACAUGAAGAUCUUUGGCAUCGACUUCAGCAAUGGUCAAGUGUUGUGGAGUUGUAUGCUCAGUCUUGGUUGGGCAGUGAAGGUUGGUGGGACAAUAAUUCUUAUCAAAAUGUUCAUCACGUGGACAGUGAGUGAUCCAGAAGGACCUCACAUAGUGCUUGUCACACAAUAUUGGGCUGAUAAUUCUCUUGUUGACACUGUGCUGUUCCAUGUGAAUGCACUUAUGGGAGACAAUGUCAGAGAGGAGAACCCAUUUAUUCCUAGAGCUGCCUUGCAAGGUCUUAAUGCUGUCAUAGGUCCACUGGUUGAUAUUUUCAUGCUUCCAAAUGAGAACCAGAUCAUAGUUAUGCUUAAUGAAUACCUCCAGGCGUGCCUUUAUCCAGACACUCCAUCGGCUCAGGCUGAGUUUGAGUCAUUUGUCCUGUCUAUACAUCUUGCUCUCCUCAACCAGCGCCAGAUCUUUGACCAUCAACUGGACCUCAAUCUCGAGCUGUAUCAGUUUUAUGUUGCCUAUCCAACAUAG